AUGUCAACUGAAGUAUAUGAAGCAGAAGAAUUUGAUUUUAAACAAGUUAAUUUUAAACAAAAUCAAGCCCAACUUUUAGAAUUAAAUGGUGUUAAAUUGAAUGUCAAAAGUAUAGAAAAUGAACAAGAGAUAGAGAAUGAUGAUUCAAAAGAUAUAGCACCAACCACAGCUUCGAAUGAAGAAUCAAUAUCAAUAAUCAUUUCAUUCAUAUUAUAUUUCAUUCUGCCAUCUAAUUAUAAAGAUAUUCUCAAUGGUUUAUUUAUUGGUACUUUGAAGGUGAUCAGUUUAUUGCUAUUACUUUCAGUUCAAUUUGGUAUUGAUAUUUUUAAUUUUUCAUGGAAUGGUUUAAAGUCAAUCAUUAAAAUAGUUCUUUACUUUUGA